AUGAUACCUGGAUGCAUCUACGUGCCAAUGGAGAAAGCUCUUAAGGAUGGCCUUCACGCUAUUGUGGUCUUCAUGGAAAUACUCUUUGCGGUUCUGCGAAUUUACACUCGUAGAAAUUUGGCAUACCAAUUAAUUCAAAAGUUGAAUGAAAUACUGCAUAUUGCCGAUGGGACUAUGAAGAAUGUUGUAAUAGCGAUUUUAGAGCCGGUAAAGAUUCCACUCAAUUUUUACUUGUCCUCUGGCGUAGUAGCGAUAAUAGGAUGGAGCAGUAUGCAUUUCGUAUUGAUAUUCGAAAAGAAUCUGUUUUAUUAUGAGGAUUACAGAAUGCCUGCUGUUUUCUCCAAACAGCCAUUCUCGUUCAGAAUCUUUUUGCUAGGAGAUCUAUUUAUACUGAUCGUCUCGGUAUAUAUGUUCAUUAAAAAAAUCAGUGUGGAGGUAUACAUGAUGCAUUUAGUUUUGAUGGUAACAGCGCAGUAUCGAUAUAUUGCGUUGAAAAUCGCGAUGAUAUGUCAAGAAAAAAAUGGAGAUGAUAAAUCUCGAACAGGACAUUCUCCUAAGCAUUAUUGGAAAAAAGAAGAGGAAAUAAAAGCACUGUGUCGACAUCACAAUGAUGUGAUAUAG